CCUCUUCCCAUCUCCGUCCCCCUCCCUCUCUCUGCGAGCCGCAAAAUCUCCUCCACCUUUCCGUCCCCCACGCCUCGUCACUGUGCCGCCCGUGCCCUCCCGUCCCACCAAUAAUCCAUCCACUCCCACCCCCACCCCGCUGCGGCGGCGCCUGUUCCUCCGGCGGCGGCGAUGUGCGGCGGCGCCAUCCUCUCCGGCUUCAUCCGGCCGUCCGGGCCGGCGGCCAAGAAGCAGCAGCAGCAGCUGCUGCUGCAGCACCAGCCCCGCCGGGUCACGGCCGACUUGCUCUGGCCGGGGGCCGGCAGGAAGGGAGCCCCCGUGGGGGAUGACUUCGAGGCCGACUUCCGCGAGUUCGUGCGCGGGCUCGGCGAGGGCGACGGCGCCGGUGACGUCGGCGACGACGACGAGGUCGUGGAGGUCCCCCCGCCGGAGCCGGCGAUGUUCGCCUUCGCCGCCGCGGCCAAGGCGGCGGCCCCCGCAGUCGAUGGUGUGAUGACUCCAAAGACUGCUCAACAUGAUGAACCUACUGCUACCUCAGCAAAGCGCAACCGGAAGAAUCAGUACAGGGGGAUCCGCCAGCGUCCCUGGGGUAAAUGGGCGGCUGAGAUCCGAGACCCUAGCAAGGGUGUCCGUGUUUGGCUUGGAACUUACAACACGGCUGAGGAGGCCGCAAGGGCAUAUGAUGCUGAAGCUCGCAAGAUUCGUGGCAAGAAAGCAAAGGUCAAUUUUCCUGAUGAAGCGGCAGAUGUUCAGAAAUCAAUCCUAAAGCCAACUACUGCCAAUCCAACAAAGCUUACUCCACCACCAAAGGCCUGUGCUGGUGAGACUUUCAGUAAUCUGAACAAUGGAGAUAAUGAUUUGUUUGCAAUGUUUGCCUUCAGUGAGAGUAAGGUGCCUGUGAAGCCAGCUGAGGGUGCCAGUUUCCUCCCUGCUGUGAAACCUCUUGGGCCCACUAAGAGAUCUGCGGAGAACAUGCUCUCUGACCAGAGCAGUAACUCGUAUGGCUCUUCUGACUUUGGGUGGGAUGAUGAGACCAUGACCUCAGACUACACUUCGGUCUUUGCUCCUAAUAAUGCUGUGGCAGCAUAUGCCAAUCCCGCUUACCUGCAAGGCCAAGGUGAAGCAUCAAAGAGAAUGAGGAACAACUAUGGUGUAGCUGUGCCUCAGGGAAAUGGUGCGCCCAAUCUCGCACAAGGCAUGUCUGGUUUUGGUUCUGAGAUGAACUAUUUACCAUUGCCUUAUGUUGAGAGCAGCUCAGACACAUCAAUGGACAGCCUUCUGCAAAAUCAUGCUCCACAGGACGGGGCUAGCAGUGGGGAUCUCUGGAGCCUUGAUGAGCUGCUCAUGGCAGCUGGUGCUUAUUGAGAGGACCAUGGUUAUUGACAUUGCGGCGCUUUGCUGUGGAAAAAUGUCCUUGCCUGUGGUGAUGCUGAAGAGCCAGUUAUGUCCACUAUGUGCUAUGUUUCCUCGCGGAUCGUACCGUAGUUAUAUCUGCUAGAUUUGAAUAUGGAACUCUAUAACAGUGUUUAUAGUAUGCUGCUGUAUGUUGCGUCUGUGAUUGGAAGCGAGCUUGAGACUGAUUCAGUAACGACCAUGCCCCAUAUAUCUGCUGUACUGUAAUGCGCGUACUGCUUGCUAUGUAUUAUAUGGUUUGUAUUGCAACUCUUGGUCUGGAAGCACUUGGUCUCGCUUUCCA